UCAAAACAAACUUGUUGAUUUUGAGGUUAUGUCUUGUUAGAUUCUUGUAACUCUAAUCACUAUUUUCUUGUUAAAAUCAGUUUUAGCAUAUUGUAACUGCGGGUCAGAUGUCAAAUUACCCAUUGAUAAGUGAUAGUCGCGUAAACCGAGCUUAGUUUUGUUAUAUUUAUCAAACAUCAAUCAUGAAUGUAUAGUGCGAAAGGUUUUAAAUUCACGUAAUGUUUACAUCCUCUUCGAGAGAUCGUUGGUUUUAAACUUGUACUGCGUAGACCGAGGUCAUUUUUUGCUGAGUUUGAAAGCUAAUUACGCUUCGUCAAAGAGUUGUAAACUACUGAAGUAGAGUACAAAGUACUAAUCAUUUACUCACGUCCAUAUUAAUAAAAGAGUAGUGUGUCGAUGACAAGCGUCGGCUUUGGUCGUGCUUUCUUAGUGAGUAGGUUACAUUUCAAGAUGUCUUCAUCAAAGUUUACUUACGAGGAUGCUGUCCAAAAGUUAAACUUGUUGCAAUCAAAUAAGUCUACUAUUGAGCAGAUACGUAAAGACAUACGGACUGGACAAAAAUGCACAAAUCUGGAGGACAUGAAGAACUAUUUGCUGCGCACGGGAGUGUCGUUGUCAAUGUUGGACCAGCUGUCUGUGGUACAUGUGGCUGGCACCAAAGGCAAAGGUUCAACAAGUGCUAUGUGCGAGUCGAUCCUCCGCACACACGGAUACCGCACGGGCUUCUAUUCGUCGCCGCACUUGGUCGAAGUGCGUGAACGUAUACGUCUAGACGGUAGCACGUUAAAGAGAAACCAGUUUGCUGAAUACUUCUGUCAGGUGUAUAACGCGUUGCAUGAUACACAGACUUUCGAAGGUGACAUGCCGAAGUAUUUCGCGUUCCUCACGGUGCUGGCGUUCAACGUUUUCUUGAAGGAGAAGGUGGACGUUGCCAUCGUUGAGGUCGGCAUCGGCGGAAUCGUUGACUAUACUAAUAUUUUAAGAAAGGUCCCAGUCGUUGGUAUAACAGCCCUGGGGCUAGACCACACUUCAAUAUUAGGUAACACACUACCAGAAAUAGCAGGCGCCAAAGCGGGGAUAAUGAAGCGUGGCUGCGAAGCAUUUACUGUGAACCAACCACCCGAAGCGAUGGACGUGCUUCGGAAUGCUUCUUCCAAUGUUGAGUGCUCUCUAAACGUGGUACCUGAUUUCAAUACAUACAAAUUCCAAAACGGAUGCAAGUUAUCUAUUAAGUUAGAAGCAUACCAAAUAAAUGCGUCCCUAGCUAUACAGCUAUCGCAUGCAUGGAUGCGUCUAGCUAGAAGAAACGCAAGUUACACUUUACUAAGAAAACAAAUGAAUGGCAAUAUAACAACAGACGGUAUAGAAACUACGAAUACAGCAAAAGGUAAUGAGGAACCUGUAUUGGUCGAUACCCUUACAAAAGAAACAGUACUCGGUUUAAAGGAAUGCGAGUGGCCCGGAAGGUAUCAUAUUAUUAAGACGGAUUAUGGACAGUUUUAUUUGGACGGAGCACAUACUAAAGAGUCUAUGGAAAUAUGUGCGCAAUGGUUCUUAGAAAAUAACAGGCAACAUAGAAAAGUUCUGAUAUUCAGCGCGACUGGUGACCGAAAUGCCGAAAUGCUUCUAAAACCACUGAUGAACAUAGAUUAUUUUGAAACAGUAUUUUUUGUUAUCCCAACUGCAUAUACAGAAGUAACAAAGAAAAGUGAUAACUAUUCCGCAAUGGAACACAAAGAACUUUUAUCAAGAUGCAAAAAUCAUGCCUCAAUGUGGGAAAAUUUAAAUGGGAAAUCAAAAAUCGUUGUAUUACAAUGUGUAGCAGAUGCUUUAACGAGCGUUAAAAAUAACUAUCCUAACACAUCAGUUUUGAUAACUGGAUCUCUACACUUAGUCGGAGCAGCGUUGUCAAUCAUUGAUCCUAAUUUAAGCAAAGGUUAGCCAAAAAAGAUAGCAGAAAAAGAUGACUGUGAUUCAAAACGAAUUUGUAAGUUAUUCAUUAGUGUAUAUAAUUGAAAAUAACGCAGUGGACACUAUAAAAUCUAAUAAACGUUCAAAUUAA